GGCUGCAGAGGGAUGGACAGCAGUCAGACCAGGACCAUGGAGCUCAGCAUCCUCUUGCUCCUCGCUGUCCUCCUAGGCCUCUUGGUUCUCCUGUUCAGGGGCCACCCAAAGGCCCAUGGCCUCCUCCCACCAGGCCCACGUCCUCUGCCCUUCCUGGGCAACCUUCUCCAGAUGGACAGGAAAGGCCUGCUCAAAUCCAUCCUGCAGCUCCGAGAGAAAUAUGGAGAUGUCUUCACCGUGUACUUGGGUCCAAGGCCCAUGGUCAUGCUGUGUGGGACAGAGACCAUACGGGAGGCCCUGGUGGACCAAGCCGAUGCUUUCUCUGGCCGGGGGACAAUUGCUGCUGUAGAAGCUGUCUUCCAGGGAUAUGGUGUGGUCAUGGCAAGUGGGGAACGCUGGAAGGCCCUUCGGAGAUUCUCCUUGGCCACCAUGAGGGACUUUGGGAUGGGAAAGAGGAGCGUGGAGGAGAGGAUUCAGGAUGAGGCUCAGUGUCUGGUGGAGGAGCUGCGGAAAUCCCAGGGAGGCCUCAUCGACCCCUUGUUCCUCUUCCAAUCUAUCACUGCCAACAUCAUCUGCUCCAUUGUCUUUGGAAAACGCUUUGACUACAAAGAUCGCCAGUUCCUGAGGCUUCUGGACCUGUUCUAUAGGACCUUUUCACUCAUGAGCUCCUUCUCCAGCCAGGUGUUUGAGCUCUACUCCAGCAUCCUGAAACACUUUCCUGGCACACACAGGGAAAUUUACAAAAAUUUGCAGGAAAUCAACACUUUCAUUGGCCACAGUGUGGAGAAACACCGUGAAACCCUAGACCCCAGCACCCCCAGAGACUUCAUUGAUAGCUACCUGCUCCGUAUGGAGAAAGACAAGUCUGACCCGCACACUGAGUUCCACCACAAGAACCUCAUCCUGACCUCGCUUUCACUCUUCUUUGCUGGCACAGAGACCACCAGCACAACUCUCCGCUAUGGCUUCCUGUUUUUGCUCAAAUACCCCCAUGUCACAGGGAAGCGCAUUUGCCUUGGAGAAGGUAUCGCCCGAGCUGAAUUGUUCCUGUUCCUCACCACCAUCCUUCAGAACUUCUCCAUUUCCAGCCCAGUGGCUCCUGAGGACAUUGACCUCACACCCCAGGAAGUUGGUCUUGGCCGAGUAGCCCCAACAUACCAGAUUUGCUUUCUGCCUCGCUCAGGGGAAUGAGGAAAGUGGAACAAAGGAUUUCAGGGUCAUUCAGUGCCCUGCCUCUGUAGAGAAUGGCCCCUCAUUUCCUGCUUCUGAAAAUCCUGUUGUACGCCAGCAUGCUUCCCCUACCAGCUUGCUACUCCAUGCAAAAAUUAUUUCUAUAGGCUUCUUUUUGUACUGGCUCAGUUCUUCUAAAGCUCUAUGCUGUUUUCCUUUCACAUGUGAAUAAAGUUGUAGAGCAUG